AUGUCAUUUGGCUUCGCCAGCCGUUCGCGAGCCGGCAAAGCGCGCACUCGCUCAAGACUAGGCUGCGCAACAUGCAAGCAACGGCAUGUCCGAUGCGACGAGGUCCACCCAGUCUGCGGACACUGCGCAAGAUUACAGCUAGAAUGCGUGUAUCAACCACCCAAACGCAAGCGAGGACAGCCUGGCCACGAGCCUGAAGUCUCCGGUACCCGGCUAUCCAGAAGUGGGAACCUGUCCAACAAUCGCUCCGAUCUGCCUUCAUUCCAGCAAUCGGCCUAUGCCAGUACGACACUUCCUAUCUCUGGGUAUCUGGGGAAUUCCCCAAGGCCCGUCCCACAGAACCAGGCUAUACGUGAUUUCGCGCUAUCCGAUGCCUUUGGCUGUACGGGAUUGCAGGAGAUUGGAUGGGAUGAGCUCUCGCAGGACCAGUCGGCUUCGGUGACUGGUCCAUUUGGGUAUGGAAUGCCCGACUUUGGUACCCCGUGGGCGGGGCAGAUGUGUAACUUCCCUGCCAUCGCUGGGAUGUCCCCGGACGGAGAUGUGGUUCAGUCAGUAGAUGUCUCGCAGGAGAAUACGCAGUCGAGUCCAGAAAUUUGGAUGCUGCCUGUGAGUGGUGCGGUCGAUAGUAAUAUCGGUCGGCGACAUAUUCGGCGAGAGCAAUAUGAUCCAGCGCUGCAGUUUUCAAGAGUUUCGCCCGAACAUGCGGAGAACGACUGCUCUCGGGGGGCUUUGCGAGGUUUAUUAAGCGAGACUGAAAACAAGGGGCGCUCAUCCCUGCAGGAGAAUCAAGGACCCCGAGGAGCGACCUUCUUCCAUGACCCAGAAACUGUCAAAUUGGUAUCACUUUUCCAGAAAGUGACUCAACCUCCGGCAGCAAUUCUCAUAGGUGGCGUUCGAAAAUGGAGACAUCUACAACGAUAUCUAAUCGAGCUGGCGAGCAAAAGUCCGCCCGUCUUGGAUGCUCUCCUCUGCUUCGUCGAGUUCUUAGCCAUCGAGGAAACAGCAAGAUGGCCCUGUCGCUCUCACGAUAUCUGCAUGGAUCGUAUUCUGGAAAGCCAUCGCUCGGCACGCUGUCAGAUCGAGGAUUUGGUUUCUAAUCAGCCUGAGAUGAGCCACCUACAAAGAGAACAAGCACUAGCAACACUGUUUCUCUUGGGUUGGUUUGAAGUCGUACGUGAUCAGAAUGGCGCUGAUAGCCUCUUUCCCCGGCACUUGGCUGAGGCGAUCAUCACCAACAACUCAGAUUGGAACCGACACUCAAGGCAACUUCUCUCUUGGUUCAAUACUCUGGAUAGUAAAGCUAGUCAUUUGAGUGGAGGUUCUUUACUGCCUGCCGAAAUCCUCGAGAUUGUCUCUCGGCACCCGAACCAGAUCGUCGGUUCGAACGAUGAGGACGUCGACGAGAGCGACGAUGCAACGGAGGCAGAUAAAUUGAGACAUGCCGAGUCUCCGACGUCCGAUACAAUGUCCAGGAUUGUCCCUUCUCACCGGUCAUUCCCCUCUGCCACGCUUACAGGCGGUCACAUCAAGCAAGUUGUUCUCCGCGCAGUGCUUCAGCCGGCCCUGGAAUGGUAUCUGGCGUCGCAAUCCUACUGUCGUUGGAUCCGGUCACACGACAAACACCAUCGCAAACGGUUCACGCCAGACGAUGAGUUCGAGGUCAUUGUUGCCUGCAAGCAAUUGGAGAAAGACCUCUGGGAGUUUUGGGGACAUCGACCUACGAUCAUCUCCUUGAAUGUGGAGGACCUCGCGAAAGCCAUAACACUAGAAAUGGCUGUGCGAGUAGAAGAGAUCUUUAGUAUCUAUCUGGCCAGCUUCUGGAUUUUGUUCGUCUAUCUCCAUCGCGUGAGCUGGUGGAACCUGUCUCUAUCCCCGACCGCGAAUGCAGCCCUGGUGGAGGUCUGGGGGAACAUGCAACGGGCAUACGGCGAAGUCAUCAGUAACGGACAAAAGAAAGUCGUCCAUCCCGCACUCCUGUGGCCGUUGUUCUUAUUUGGGUCUGAAUGUACCUCUGAGCAACAACGAGCAUGGGCUAUUGAACAGCUCGAAGCCCUCGGUGAAUCGAAACCGAUCGUGACAUCUGAAGGCCAAGGUGGGGAAGACUUGCCUCCAUUUAAGAUGAGCUCGGGAGCUACGAGGAAUGCGAAACGAGCUGCGCUUCUUCUUCGAGAGCUCAUCAAGAGACAGGACGAGCAGAAGACUCGCGUCGACGACCGAGAUUUAUCGAUGGAAUUAUUUGGCUGCUAUUUUUCGAUUGUGUAA